UCGGAGCUGUUCCCUGACAAGCUGCAUGGUGGCAGGAUUUUCUACAACGAAGCAAUCAUGUCUGCCAUGAGGAUCCCUCAGGUGGCUGUGGUGUGUGGCUCCUGCGUGGCUGGAGGUGCCUAUGUGCCCACCAUGGCUGAGGAAGCUGUGAUUGUGGACAGGAUUGGGACACUCUUCCUUGCUGGUCCACCCCUGGUCAGGGCUGCCACGGGUGAGCACGUGUCUCCUGAGGAACUUGGAGGGGCCAAACUCCAUUCCAAAGUCAGUGGCUGCACUGACCACUUUGCACCCUCAGAACAGGAGGCCUAUGAAUGCAUUCGCAAUGUUGUCUCCACCUUAAACUAUGACCCAGUGCCAGAGGAGGACACAGAGCAUGACAAUCCUCUGUACAGCCCUGAGGAGCUCCUAGGUUUGGCACCACUAAACUACAGGUGCACUCUUCCUGUCAAGCUGAUCCUGAGCCGUCUGCUGGAUGGAAGCAGAUUCCAGGAGUUCAAAGCUGACUAUGGAACAACAUUAGUGACAGGAUUUGGCCAUGUGGAAGGGCACUUAGUGGGGAUAGUGGCUAACAACGGGGAGUUGGCUCAGGAUGCUGCUCUCAAGGGCAGUCAUUUUGUCCAGCUCUGUGGCCAACGUGUCAUCCCCAUCCUCUUCUUCCAAAACACUGCUCCCCAGCCAGAGGAGCCAACCAGCAUCUCCCAGGCAGAGGCUCAGUCCAACAGGCUGAAGGCUCAGGCCUCCAUGAUGGCUGCUGUGGCCUGUGCUGCUGUCCCCAAGAUCACUAUCAUCAUCGGUGGCUGCUAUGGCAGCGAGAGCUAUGCCAUGUGUGGGAGAUCAUUCAGUCCAAACUUCCUGUUCCUGUGGCCUAAUGCAAGAGUUGCCCUGGUGGAUCCCAGACACUUCCCCAGAGUUGCACAAGCUGGGGACAGUGACACUACAGAUGAAUCAGAGCUCAACCAGCUGAAGGCAAAGAUGCAGGAAGAAAGCAGUGCAUUCUACUCCUCUGCCAGGCUCUGGGAUGAUGGGAUCAUCCUGCCUCAGCAUACCAGGAAGGUGAUUGCCCAGUGCUUGGACAUCAUGGAACAGCAGAAGUACCAGGCUGUGACUCCAUGUCAGCAUCCCAUCAUCAGGAUGUGA